AAUCAUAGUGGGGAUGAAAUGAAAUACUGAUUGUAGAUCAGUAACUGGCAUAAAAGUGAAUGCAUAUCACAUAUGAGCAAAAAUCAACGCAAUAAACGUAAUAAUAAAUAAUAUGAACAAGAACUGCAAUAUUCUAUAUUCAAAAUGGCAUUUUAGUAAUGGCCUAAAUAAGUCAAUAAAAUGAUCAGAUCCAGCAGUCAUCAACAUGUCAACAGCUGUAGUCUCUUUCCCUGUAGAUGACAACUAUGAAGUAAACACGAGCCAUUCAUUUUCAAUACUAGACAAUAAACCAAUCAGAGUGACAAAAAAGCCCGUUUAUAAUCAAAACAUUAAUGCGUCUUAUUUUAUCUUUACAGCUACAUUGAAGUGGUUAAUCUGUCAGACGACGAAUAGAAAGUUAGCAGAGCAGGCUAACAUUGUUAGCUGCCUCUUUAUAAACCUUCCGACACUUGUGUCGUUAACUAACGUUACGUUACAUAGAUGACACAAGUAGAUAAUGUUUAAAUGUAAGUAUUAUUAUGAUUGGAAAACAUUCAGAAUGAAUACAGUACGGCACUAAACUUACUUAUCUUUUCAUGUUACUAAACAACAGCUGUUUUCCGCUGUGUGGAGCAAAGUUUAGCCUCACUUCCGGUGCGUCGACGGCGCAUGCGCCUUUGCGCCUGCAGCGUCUGUGAUCGAUUGAGCGACACCUGCUGGAUUGGGAAAAUCAAUCCCCUCCAACGAAUCGUAACUACUCCAACUCUGAAAUAUAGAAAGAAACGAAAAAAAAUCCGAAAUGAUUUAAAAUUAUGUAGAACACAGUGACGAAUACAUUUAUAAUUAAAACAAGUUUUACAUCUUUCGUUGAAAAAGAAACACUUCCGUGUAUGUCCUCUGGGUGGCAGUCACGCGUUGCGUAUCUGAUGUGAUCCGCAUCCAAGUUCCCACAAUCCCCUGCGAGGCGCGGAAUGCGAAUGUUAUUAUGAAGGCACAGACUUGUCAAGCUCCCGCAGAGGUUUAGUUUUUAAUAAUUAUGUCUUUCUUUUUAACGAGGGGAAUAGAAUAGAUUAUAUCGCCGUGGAAACAACCUGAAGGGAUAUUUUGAGGAAUUUUCUGCCUGAAAAGAGUGUUUGAGUGAAGAAUGAAUUCUCCAGAUCUGAGCGCUCAAAAGUCUGUGUGCAGCGCAUCUUCAGACUCCAGAGACAAACUUCACGAUCUGUUGAAUGCUGUCAGAGACUUUCAUGAAUCUACACGGCAAGAAUUACAAGCAAAGGUGAACAAACUCAAGAAAGAGCGAUGUUUAGAUGCUCAGAGAUUGAGUGAAUUUCACAGCAAGAACCAGCAGCUAAGAGAACAGCAGCGGGAUCUGCAGGAGAAGAUCAGACAGCUGGAGGACAGGGUGCAUUCUGGACCGUGUGAGAGCUGCGCUCAAAAGAUAAAUAUGAAGUUUGACGACGCUGAACAGAAAAACCGGGAUCUUAUUUCUAAGCUUGAGGCGGAGAGGAUGAGCCUUAGAGAGGAAAACAGAAAAAUGAGCGCUGAAUUAGAUCGGUUAAGAAAUUCAGGUUCUCCUCAGGACGUGUCUUCUGAGGCAGAGGAGGGCAUGAUUCCUGACUCUCCGCUGCAGCCGCUCUCAUUACCCAUCGUGAGCAAGAUGAAACGAAAGAAAGAUCAGAAUCGUGUCCGCUAUGCUGAGAAACUGCUGUCACUCUCUUACCCCGAGCGCAUGCGAGGAGGGAUGUCUGCACCAUCUGCCUGCAGUGACACAAGUGUGUUAGUUGCAGAGACGUGUGAUAUGGAUAUGACUCGUAUUACAGAGCCUAAAAAAAGAGAGCAUCACAAGACUGUGGUUCCUGAGACCUGCAGAAUAGACGUCCAGCCAGAGAAGUUUGACGACGAGGAUGAUGAAGAUGACACACAGAGAAGUGUGCAACCCGCGCCAUGUGACCGCACCGCUGUCACCUCUUCUCAUAGGAACGAUGACUCUCAAGCUGUUUGGAGUUCUCGAGAGCAGCAGAACCCAUCAACAGACGACAUGCCACACACGCCCUCAAACAACAGCACACGCCUGCCAGUUACAGGGAAGAGAAAACACACAGGCUGCAAAAAUACAGAAAGGAAGACUUGUGACAGUAGUCUGGAUGAUCCUGAUGAGACAGGAAUCGAGGGGGUAAUAUGUGCUUCUACUCCAGCGAACCGCCGUUUUGUGGAAAUCAGUGAGAGACACAGUCAGACAGAAAUGAUCCAGACGCACCGGGAUUCAAAGAGGAAACGUUUGGAGACGAACCAGCACACGUCACACGAGAGGGAAAACAAGGCAGCUUUUCCUUACGAUCAGAGCUGGAGUGUUGAUCCAGGAGUGGAUCUGCAUCAAUAUGACUCCGAACACUCUCCUCAACCACAGCUCAGAACGGACUUGGAAACGUUGGACACUGACUGCACAUUUGUGAGCCACAGUCUGCUGCUCAGAGGCCAGAAGGCGGCGGGACUAUCCCAGAUCACAGGAGUCGGACAGAAAGCGAACGACAGUCUCGCUGACAUCUUCGAUAAGACGACGUACAGUGAAUAUGAGUCUUGUCCUCGGGAUGUGAGCUGUGAUGCUGAGCGAGACAUUACGCACACGGAGGAGAGAGAGGAAGAGGAGAUGGGAGAGGAUGAAGAGGUGGAAGAGGAAUUCCGCAGUCCUACAGACAGAAAGCAAAUAAAGUCUGACGGAGAUGCUUCUAACAGAAACAAAUCUUUUGCUUGUGUGCAAGUCGUGCGUAAGAAAGACGAGAGGAGGAAACUGAAAGGCCACUAUUGUAAAGAGUGCGAAAUAUAUUAUGCAGAUCUUCCUGAGGAAGAGAGAGAGAAAAAACUGUCCUCCUGCUCACGCCAUCGGUAUCAGUACAUUCCACCCGCCACUCCCGAAAACUUCUGGGAAGUGGGAUUCCCGUCAACGCAGACCUGUGUGGACAGGGGAUACAUCAAAGAGGAGGAGGAGCCGGACGUGAGGAUGCGCAGGAGACGGCCCUAUCUCGCCAUGUUCUCACCCAAAGCCAAGUCACAGAAGAAACAGUCUUGAGUCGAUACAUGAUCAAUAUGAACAUCUCUCAAAUCUCAAGCUGAGAAACAAAUCACAGACGUCUACAUUUAAGCGUGUGUGUGUUUAGAUUUUAUGAAACCACCUUGAUUAGUAAAAACACCAUUGACUUUUUCUAGGGGAUUUAAGAAUUAUGUAAAUACUUUUGUAUGUCAUUUCAUCGGUUAUUUGUACAAAAGCUUGGAAGGGUUAUUGAAACUGUAACACAAUUGUAAUAAAAAUGUUUUUGGUAGUUUGGUCGUUUGCAAUGCAUGCUAGGUUUAGAAGCAGAUCAGUACGACUAGCACAACCCAUAUGUCAUACUUGAAGUGUGGUUCAAGUCUUUCCAUGACAACAGCAGCAGAGAACAGAAACUACAUGUCAAGAUGGAUUGCAGACGGAGGCGAGCGGCUCUUUAAAUGGACAGCCGGUGGAAGGCCACAGGACUUUUGAAUCUGCUCCAAACACCAGAUCACAGACUGCUUUAGAAGCAGAGAAUCAUCCAGCAAAGAGGAGUUCAAAGGUCAAACGAGGAGCCCUGUAAUCAUGAGAGGAGGAUGAUUGUCUGAUCCUCACUCGUAUCGCAAACACACAUCUCAACAAGGUGUUUCUCAGGAAAAUGAAUCAAGUCUGCUUUGAAAAACUGGCCUAUCAGGAUAAACUGGACAAGCAGUGAACUUUGCACGGGGUCUGUAUCCUGC